AUGUUCUCUCAGAAGGUUGCUCAACAAUCGCUGCGACGGCUCGCCGUCCAGCAGCCGAACCUCAUGCAGUCCAUGGUGAUGCGCGCUUCGCCCGCCACCAUGGCGCUCGGCAAUGUUCAGAAGAGACACACUUCCUCCAACUCUGAGGACCCCACCCAGAUUCUGGCCAAGCAGCGUCUGAACCGUCCCGUCGCUCCCCAUCUCACUAUCUACAAGCCCCAGAUCGGCUGGAUCGGUUCCUCCCUGCACCGUAUCAGCGGUGUCGCCCUCUCCGGUACCCUCUACCUGUGGGCUACCGCUUACCUCGCCUCCCCUGCUCUCGGCUUGCACCUCGAGUCUGCCUCCAUGGUCGCUGCCAUGGGUGCCCUUCCCCUCGCCGCUAAGGUCUUCCUCAAGACCACCCUGGCCCUCCCUUUCACCUACCACGCCAUGAACGGUAUCCGUCACUUGACCUGGGAUCUGGGUCGCGGUCUCACCAACUCUGCCAUCAUCAAGUCCGGCUGGACCGUUGUUGGCCUGAGCGUUACCAGCGCUAUUGCUCUUGCUUUCCUGUGA